GCCAAAUAAAAAGCAAGAGCUUGUCUUACAUUAAACACCCGCAGACGCUUCGUUGCUACCCAAGACGACGCUUCCUCUCGAUCCUCUCCCGGAUUAAAUGAUUAAUUGAGCUUAGCAAAAUGAGGAGAGCACUUUUGCUACUGCUGUGCUUGUUGAAUUUUUCAAGGUUACAGGCAGAAAAUGCAAAUAUAGCAAGUAAAUUUAUAUUUGUUGCACCUCGCACUUUGUCCAUCGGAAAGAAUGAAAAGUUCGGUCUGAACAUUUUGGAGAAUUCACAAAAUUUGGAUUUUAUAAUCAGACUUGUUGAUACACGAAAUGAUAAAGAAUUACAUCAAGUAAGCUUGAGAAAUGCUGAGGCAAAAAUGCAUAGCGUUGAUUUUCCCGUGCCAAUGAACAACCUUUACAGUGCCGAAUUGGAAGUUGCGACCAGUGAUGGAAAGACAUUGAAGUCGCAAAUUUCAUUUUACCGCGAGAGAAAUUUGGUCUUUGUUGAAACGGACCGGCCCUUUUACAAACCAGGAGAGCUCGUGCGCUUCCGGAUUCUGCACUUGAAAAGCAAACUGCUGCCAGUUACUGAACCGAUAACAAAAGUUUGGAUCGAAAAUCCAAGCUAUAUAAAAGCGGCGCAAUGGAAGAAGGUCAAAUUAAAUAAUGGACUCGCACAACUUGAGCUGCAGUUAACAAAGGAGCCAAUUAAAGGCAAUUGGAAUAUUAAAGUUCAAACAACGAACGAAUCUAACAGCCUCGUCUCAAAGUCCUUUGAAGUCAAAGAGUACGUCCUGCCCAAAUUCGAGGUCACAGUGGAGCCGCCUGCUUAUAUCGUGGCGCAAGAAGAUAAAAACUACACUUGGAAAAUUUGCGGAAAGUACAGUUUUGGGGGCCCCGUGCAGGGUGAAGCUGUGGUGACAUUUACGAUUCAACAGGCAAGCUAUAGGUGGUACAAUCGAUUUGAUGGCCAAGGGGACACUUUGCUUCAAAUCCAAGGAAAACUGCUAAGAAAAGAGGACGGUUGCGUUGAGUUCACUCUGGAAAAAAGCCAAUGGAAGGCGAACGAAAAUACGCACUUUGGCGGAAUAAGCGUAAAAGUCACAGUCGAAGAAAAGGGCACGGGCGAAAAGCAGUCAACCACCCACAAGACCGACUUUAAAUACAGAAGUGUAACUGUGGCAUUUGAUCGGUCUCCCAGUUUUUACUACCCUUUCAUCCCCUACCAUGGAGAGGUGCAAUUUAAAUAUCAAGACGGUGAGCCCAUUUCCGGCAAGGCAGUGUUGCUCAUUGCCAAUGGCGGAAAAGCCUUUGAAGAGCAAACGAUUAGGGCCGUCACCGAUCAAUCAGGUCGAGUGCCAUUCACUCUAUACCCAGGAAAAUCAAAUGAAGAAAUCACAAUAAUAGGGAAGUUCCAUCCAGGGACUGUUGAGAGUGAUGCCACAUUAAAAGACGUAACUGGAAACCACGAGAUAACUGCUUGGUUUUCACCAUCCGAUUCUUACAUCUCGAUAUCCGCACCUAAGGAAGUGUCUUGCGAAGGGGUAGUACCGGCAGAAAUUACUUUCACUGUGCCCAAGUAUUCAUACAAAACUGAAAUCCGUUUUAAUUACUUGGUUCAGUCAAACGGGGUUGUUGUUAAAAAUGGACAUCAGAGCGUGAAAGUGCAAGGCCAACCGAUUAACCCCGAUUCUUGGCCAAACAUAAUUUACAAGGCUAAUGUGACAGCUGAAGAGCAAAUUCUCACUGGAAAAUGGACUUUCAAUUUAAACUUGGAGCCCCAAUGGUCACCCCAAGUGAAAAUUGUCAUCUUUUACUUGAGCGAUGAUGACGAAAUUGUAGCUUCAAGCAAAACAUUUGAAUUGAAAAAAUGUUUCCAGCACAAGGUCACAUCUAAAUUUGUGGAGAAAAGGGCCGAGCCAGGCCAAAAAGUGACCCUGUCGCUGACCACUAGUUCCAAAUCUGUGUGCGCGAUUUCAGGAAUUGAUAAGGCGGUCACUUUUCUCGACCGAGAACGAGCAUUAACGGUUGAUAAAGUUUUCAACGCUCUUAAAAUCCACGCGGUCAGGCCAGAGUAUUACAAUUCCUGGGAGUAUAGGACGCGGAAGUGUGAAAAAAGAGAUGAUGUGCCCAUUGAUGUGCCCAUCCCUGUUCCUGCCCCAGUUAAGAUUAAGAAAAGGUCGAUUUGGAGAGGAUUCAAUUAUGAUAUUACUUUUGGAAAUUCGAAAAGAGCUUUUGAUGAAGGUGGAUUGCUGAUUCUGAGUACUCUUGGGCACAACAUAAAACCCUGUCAGUACGGAGAGUUCAAGGAAAACUGUGACCCCUGCCCGUACCUACAAAUGGUCCCACUUUAUUCCAUGCGGCCAGUCGACAUGGAAGACAAUUUGGAAAUUAUGAGAGGCGGAGUUCCUGAGGCUGUUUCUGCCUAUGCAUCACCUGGACUAGCUGGGCCACCUGGAGCAGCAGGCUUUGUGCCUCAAGAAGAUUUGGUGGAAAUGCGGACAGAUUUUCCCGAAACAUGGCUUUGGCAAUUGGAGGAGAUAAGCGGUGACAAUUCUAAAAAUUUGGAACUAGAGACUCCUCAUUCAAUCACUGAUUGGAUUUUGAAUACAAUUUGCGUUUCAAAUACAGAGGGCUUUGGAAUGGCGCCCGAAACGUCACUCAGGGUUAUCAAACCUUACUUCAUGGACUUCAACAUUCCCUACUCUGUAAAAAGAGGCGAAGUUUUGCCUUUGAAAGUGUCCCUGUUUAACUACUUGAGUCACGAAAUUCCGAUCAAACUCACAUUCGGCCAAUUCACUGGUGGUGACUUGAAAAGCGAGAAGACCUUCUCAGCUUGUCUCCCUAGCAAAGACAACCUGGUGCACAUCUUCAAGCUAGAUGCAAAUGUGUUGGGCAAACACAAUAUUUCGGUGACGGCUGGAUUAGACCCUGACCUGAAAAAGACGUGUGGGCCGGAAAUAUCAGUCAACAUGAGAGAUGGAAUAACAAAGCCAAUUAUAGUUAAACCAGAAGGCAUUCCAGUUGAGAAAACCAAAUCUCUGUUUGUGUGUUUGGAAGGGGAAAAUGAAUCAGCACUGAUCAGCUGGCAAUUGGAAGUUCCUCAAAACACAGUGCUCGAUUCAGCGAGGAGUGAAGUUUCUGUAAUUGGUGAUUUGAUGGGACCCAGUUUGGAGAAUUUGGACUCUUUGGUGCGUCUUCCGAUGGGCUGCGGAGAACAAAAUAUGGUUCUAUUUGUGCCCAACAUUGUGGUUUUGAAAUAUCUGACCGCAACCAAUUCCAUAAAUCCAACCCUGAGGGCAAAGGCCCUGACAAACAUGGAGACAGGGUAUCAAAAGGAGCUCAACUACCGCCAUGACGACGGCUCAUACUCUGCGUUCGGAAAAAGUGAUCCGUCAGGCUCAAUGUGGCUCACAGCUUUUGUCGUCAAGUCGUUUGCCCAAGCCCAAAAGUUAAUUUCCAUCGACAAGCAAGAUUUAAAAAAGAGCACAGACUGGAUUUUGAAGCAGCAGCUCGAAAACGGCUGCUUCAGACAGGUCGGCACCGUUUUCAACAAGGCAAUGAAGGGUGGAGUUGCCGAUUCUUCGGCAGUUGCGCUUUCAUCGUACAUCAUGAUAGCCCUUAUGGAAUCAGGAGUUCAACUGGACAAAAAAAUUAUUGAGAAUGGCGUUUACUGCCUGACCAAGUUUGACAACCAAACCGAUUUGUACACCGAGAUUCUUUCAGCCUACGCGUUGCAGUUGAUUAGCCAGCGAGUCAACACCGUCCUCACUAAAAAUGCUGCAGAGAGUUCUUUUAAAACUUUAAUUCUCAAAGCCACCACUGGAAAUGAGAGCGAAAUUUUCUGGCAAAAAGAAGAUUCAAGUAAUUUGGGACUCAGCAUUGAAAUGACUGCCUACGCAGUUUUAACUUUGCUAAAAGUAGGCGGAGAGGAAAAUUCAAUUCGUGCUUUCAACGCCGUCAAAUGGAUUUCCAAACAGAGAAAUGCUCAGGGUGGAUUCGUUUCAACCCAAGAUACUGUUGUUGCUCUUGAAGCUUUGGCAACUUACGCCUCAACUUUGCCAUUGGGUGACGUGAAAAUGAAUCUUAAGUUGUCAACCGACGACACCAACGAUUUGGAAUUCUACAUCGACGAAGAAAAUAGACAAAUCUUACAAGAAAAGGAACUCGCCCGAGUGCCAAAUAAUUUGCACUGGUCGGCAACCGGAAAGGGAUGCAGUCUUGUCCAGAGCACUUUGAGAUACAAUAUUAAAAAUUCAACCGAUAAGCCAGAUGCUUUUAGUAUGGAAAGAAAAUUGACAAACAUUGUGCCGAAUUCGUGCAGUGAAUUGCAUUUGGAGUUCAACUUGACUUACAACUUAGCUGACGGUGCCUCCAACAUGGCUGUUCUUGAAGUUGAGCUUCUAAGUGGGUACGAACCGGAAAGGUCAACACUCGACGACCUGAAACACACAUUGCCAUCAUUCAAGAGAUGGGACAUUGAGGAGGGCAAAGUAAACUUAUACUUUGAUUCAAUCGAGAAAAGCACGCUGAAAGUUGGGUUCGUGAUUGUGCAGAGAAUUUUGGUUGAAAAUAUCAAACCGGCGCAGCUUAAACUUUAUGACUACUAUGAGAUGGAAUCAUUUGUGCGAAAAGAUUAUGGAGUUCAGCACUUAACUUGCAAAUAACAUGUUUAAACUUUGGUAAAAAUAUUUUUGCUUACUCCACUUACUUUGUUUUUGAUAUUAACAAAUAAUUUUAGUUUGCCAAUAAAAUAUCUUAAAAUAUAAAAAUUCAAAAUAUUUUUAUUUGUAAG